AAGAAGCAAAUACAAUUUUGUUUGUAUUAAAAAAGAAACAAUAAAUCUUACAAUUAUUGAACUUUUUUACUGAAAUUAAACAACAUUUCAGGCUGGUCUUUCUCAUCAAAAUGUAAUUUUAAUUACGCAUAUGUACGUGCCGUCGUGGUUUUAUAAAUUUUAACUUGAAUCUUUGUAAUCAGUCUUCGAAUAAAUUUAAAUUAAUUACCGUAACGUGAGAGAAAGAAGGAAAGUAUCGUGUGUAAGGAAUUCUGCGAAGUUUUUUAAUUUGUGAUAUACGUGCUGUUCUUGAAUAAAUCAAAUAGGUUAUGUUUCUAAUUAUACAAUUGUAAUAAAACUUGAUAAGAAUCAAUGUGAAAUUUCACACUUAAAUGUAAUUAUCAAUUUAAUAAUUAUCGUUCAAAAUUGAAUAAACACAUCUGUUUCGUGUAUAAAGAUUCAUUUAUUACAGCGCGUAUAAGCAUACAUAUGUACAUAUAUGUAUAUGUAAGCAAGUGCAUAAUCUGUUAGCUACAAAAAAUCGGCGUGUCCUAGUCGGUAGUUGCUGUCUCACAUACAGCUGCUUAGGUAUUUUUAAAAAUUACUUUUAACAUUUACGAUGGACGAGAUUGACGUACUGCGAAAAAAAAUCAGUGAGCUUGAAGACAAAUUGCUGAAAGAACAGCAGAAAAAUGUGUUUACAACAAGAGAGAAAAUAGAACAUAUGUCAAGCGAAGUGACUGAUUCAAACCCUUACAGUCGUUUGAUGGCCUUAAAACGUAUGGGUAUAGUAAGUAAUUAUGAAAAAAUAAAAGAGCUGACAGUUGCUGUAGUUGGAAUAGGUGGAGUCGGUAGUGUGACUGCCGAAAUGUUAACAAGAUGUGGAAUUGGCAAGUUGAUACUUUUUGACUAUGAUAAAGUAGAAAUGGCAAACAUGAAUAGACUUUUCUUUCAACCUUAUCAAGCUGGCCAAAAUAAAGUAGAAGCAGCAGCAACAACAUUGCAAUACAUAAAUCCAGAUGUAAAAAUUGAAACUUAUAAUUACAACAUCACCACAAUGGAUCACUUUGAACAUUUCACGAAUGUCAUAAGCACAGCAGGUUUAGUCAAAGGUCCAGUAGAUUUGGUUCUGAGUUGUGUGGACAAUUUUGAAGCACGGAUGGCAAUUAAUACCGCUUGUAAUGAACUUAAUCAGAAGUGGUUUGAAAGUGGAGUUUCUGAAAAUGCAGUUUCUGGUCAUAUUCAAUUUAUAAUUCCUGGGGAAACAGCUUGCUUCGCGUGUGCUCCCCCAUUAGUGGUAGCAGAAAAUAUAGACGAGAAAACGUUAAAACGGGAUGGUGUAUGUGCUGCAUCUUUGCCGACAACUAUGGGAAUUGUUGCAGGUUUUUUAGUUCAAAAUGCAUUGAAAUACCUUUUGAACUUUGGCGAUGUUACCUAUUAUUUGGGUUACAACGCUAUGCAAGAUUUCUUUCCUAUAAUGACAUUAAAACCAAAUCCUAACUGUGAAGAUAGGUAUUGUAGAAAACAUCAAUUAGAUUAUGCUUCAAAACCAAAACCAGAACAGAGGGUAGAAGAAGCAGUUGAAGAUAAGCCUCUUCACGAAGAUAAUGAAUGGGGAAUUACCCUCGUCGAUGAACGAGAUCAACAGAUUGAUGAAAAAGUACAUAGUGCUUCGUGGUCAAUUGAUUCUCAAAUCAAUCAAAUUCCGUCCGAAUGUGACACUAGUUUAGAGGAACUAAUGGCACAAAUGAAAUCUAUUUAACUUUUAUUUCUUUACAAUAAUAAUACCAACAUUGUU